CAAAUAGUCAAAUCGUUAUGGUCUGGCCUUUGGGCCUGUCAUCCGGCCCAACCGCAAUCCUCGUCUCCAAGGGCCGCGGCCCGGCCACGCGCCUCGUCGACCGGAUCGCUCCCGCACCGCACGCGUCUACCGGCUCCGACGAGCAGCCCCAGCUCAUGAGGGCACUCGCGGCCGCCGCCUCGCCCCCUCUCCGCGCCCUGCUCCUCCUCCUCUCCCCCCGCCUCACUCCUCCAAUCCCGCGCCCCCGGUUCAUCAUGAAUCCUUCUUCGUCCUCCUCAUCUGGCGGCUACCACUCCAGGGGCGCCGCCGUCGCUUCCCAGCAGUCGCGCGGCGAUGGCGGCAGGAGGCGCGGCGGUGGCGGGCGGGGACGGUGCGGCGGCGGAGACGGGAGCUACCGCGCCGACUCCCUUGGUUCGUCGUCGUCCUCCUCUGCCGGAUACCACUCCAUGGUCGCCGCCUUUGAUUCCCUGCAGCUGCGCGGCGGUGGCGGCAGGAGGCCCGGCGGAGGCGGCGUCUGUCGGGGAGGGCGCGGCGGCGGGGACGGGAGCGACCGCAUUGACGCCCUUGGUUCGUCGCCCUCCUCCCCCUCUGCCGGCUACCACUCCAGGGCCGACGCCUUCGCUUCCCCGCAGCCGCGCGGCGGCGGGGGCAGGAGGCGCGGCGGCGGGCGGGGAGGGCGCGGCGACGGAGACGGGAGGGACCGCAUCGACGCCCUUGGCCGCCUUCUGUCGAAGGUGCUGCGCCACAUGGCGGCGGAGCUGGGCCUGGACAUGAGGCCGGACGGCUACGUGCGGGUCCGCGACCUUCUCAGGCUCAACCUGCAGUCCUUCGCCAACGUGCCACUCAAGUGCCACACGGUGGACGAAAUCAGGGAGGCUGUCAGGCGGGAUAACAAGCAGAGGUUUAGUCUGUUGGAGGAAGAUGGUGAGCUGCUGAUUCGGGCGAACCAGGGGCACACAGUAACUACUGUUACUUCAGAGAGUUUGCUGAAGCCCAUUUUGUCAGCUGAUGAAGUGUCAGUCUGUGUGCAUGGAACUUACCGAAAAAAACUUGGCUUGAUCUUGCAAUCUGGCCUAAAUCGUAUGGCAAGGUUACAUGUACAUUUCUCAAGUGGAUUACCAUCAGAUGGAGAAGUAAUUAGUGGUAUGCGGCAGAAUGUUAACGUUCUAAUACAUUUGGACGUCAGGAAGUCACUUAAUGAUGGAAUGAAGCUCUACAUUUCAGACAACAAUGUGAUCUUGACUGAAGGUUUUGAUGGCGUUGUCCCUGUGAAAUACUUUGAGAAAAUCGAAACAUGGCCAGGACGAGCACCGAUACCGUUUGAAAGAUGAAGAGGCCACAGUAGCAACUGAUGUAGUUUUUAUAUGGCUUCUUUUCACAUGCUAAAAAUACCAAAACCUCUUGUAUCUUUUUUAGUUACAUUAGCUGGUGUUUGUUUUGCCAUGCCAUUUUGGUACAGCUCAACUCUGUAAGCUGUGCCAUCCAGCAUCUGUAAAAUACGUGCCAUGAUACAGAUUCUUGUACAUAUUGCGUCGUGUGCACUGCCUCUACACAGGAAUGUAUUCAUUGGGAUAUUAUCCAAUAUCCAUUUGAACGCCAAA